AUGCCCGACAUCGACCCCGCGGCCUUGAGCAGCCGCCCAUCCGUCAACCUCUCAACCCCGACAUUAUCCACAAAGUCCAUCACCGUACAGCCUCCUGGCUCCCUCAAAACCAAAGCUAGCCAAAUCAUCCCGGCUCGCAUUGACCUUGAGCCGCUUUAUGCCGCCUUGAAGCAGGCCAUUGGCUUAGAAGCAUGGGUCGUAUAUAAGGAGUCAACAACAGAGUUCCUCAUCGGUCGUUUGAAUCAAACCGAAUACUCAGAACGAAUCGAUCCCAUCCUCGCGUCCCCCAAUGGCGAAAAGGAGCACCUACAUAACCAGCUUAUUGCUGCUAUAUAUGGCAAUGUUACAAGAGAGAUGCCCGAUCAGGGGCUGGCCCCUUGGGUCAGCGCCAACGACAAGCCCACUGCACCCGUUGGCAGUAAGCCUGUGUCUGGCGAUGCUGCUGAGCGCCGACUCAAGGGCGAUGUUAUGCAACUUCCCAGCAAAGACCGUCGGCGCAUCAAGGACCUAGCGUCCAACGAUUUCGAUCCCAACGAGAAUUUAGCGAAUGUCUUCUUGGACAACCAUAGACGGCAGCCCAAGACAGCCGAAGUGCAAGUGCCACCUAGCGCUGGGGGCCUUAAUGGUAUUAACAAGAUGAAUUUCGAUCUCGAAAUCCGCAAGCGCUUCGCCCAACCCCUGGCUGUCGAGUCAGGCGAAUUCCCCGACGCCCCCUUGAUCGAAGGCAGGAUGCUACCGUUCUGCUAUGAGGCCGGACUUACGAGCGGACACGUCUCAGACGCGGCGCACUUCAUGUCGGUCGCCACGGAAACAUUUAUAAAGGAAUCACUGGCUGCUAUAUUCUCAAAAACGCGGAGCAAUGGGCCCGGAGAGGGCGGCACAGCCGGCUUCGGUGCUGGUACGAACUGGAUUCAGACGCACAAGUACCGCCGCCAGCUAUCGAAAGAAGAAGACUCGGCUUUGCGAGGCGAGAUGACCCGCGACAAAAGCGGUCUGUUGCCAAUCGAGGCGAAAGCUGCCAGUGAACGGGGGCCCCUGGGCAUGGCUGACGUCCGAAUUGCCUUGGAGAUGGCGGACAGCGGUCUAGCUCAAUUCCCCAUCAUCAACACGGCAAUCUCGUAUGGCUAUCGGGAAGGGGAGCUUGAAAACUGGCACGAUUACACAUGGCUUCCGGGCACGGAGGGGUUGGCCAAUGGCAAAAUCGAAGGCAACACCGACAUCCGCCCUGCCCCUCCGCAGCAACUACCGAACGGACAUGUUGACGCCAUGGAGAUUGACUCAGAGCCUUGGUGGGAAGGCGCCGAUUCUCAAGAUAUGGGUGCCUUGGAUUCAGUUCUUGAUUCCUGUCUGGCCGUCGGAUCUUAG